GAAACAUUUCGACUACAGACGAGAAGCGCUCCUGACGAAAACCUGCAAUAAAUGUCAUGUAAAUGUGACCUUAUGGCUUAACAACUAAAAAAAAAGGUUGAUAAAUUAUCAGAAGCAGAUAACUCUAAAAAGAACCGCGGAGCGAUUUGGCAGAGACUCUUUGUAAAAAGCACAGCGAAAGACUGGAGAAGAAUACCUGAGCCACCAGAAAGAAGAGCCAUGAAUUUAAAUGACUUUGUGGUGCUUCCUAACAACAAGGCCAAAUCUGUCAAGCUCAAUGCCAGGAACUUGCAAGAACUGCAAAUGGAGACCACGAAUCUGGCCAGUGAGAGCAGGGAGAUGGAGGAGAAACUGCAACGGCUGAAAGACAGCAUCAGUAAAGAGAAGGCGGAAAGAGGACAUUCACAAAGGAUUAAAUGGGCAUCUGGAGAAUGUGGUUCCAUGACAAGCAAUUCUCUCUCAUAUGGCUCCAAGAAAGACAAAGAGAGCAAGCUCCAAAAGCUGUCAGCAGGUAAACUGAAGAUCCGAGUGCUGAAGGAUGAAGAACUGACAGCCCCGCCUCAACCACCACCUCCACUUCCUACCCAGACGGCAAGAAAAAGCAGACUGAGGGGAACAGUAUGUGGACAAUGUGAAGUCAAGACUGCUGGAACAAUGUGUGCUGAAUGCACUGAAAACUACUGCGUUGGCUGUUUUGCCAGAUUUCACCAUAAGGGGGCACUGAAGUUCCAUAAAAUGAUUCCCAUUCAAACAGACUUACAGACCCGUGUGAGCACUCGAGAUGUUGUCAACAGCUUCAAGAAACAGACUGACCCUAGCUCCUACUAUAGCACCAGUCCUAAUCCCAAUCCUGGUACUACCCCCAGUUCCAGACAGCAAAAUGAGAGUCCAGAAAAAAGAACAGAAGCUGAGGAAAAUCCUGACUGCGGCAAGAUGUUAGUUAGGAGUCAUGGAGAGGAGAAAAAGGUGGGAAUCACUGAAGAUGAUAACAAAGGAUUUCUACCCUCACUCCUUAAAGGAGAGUACAAUGAGGAGGAGUCUGCAAGAUCUUUCCAGGAGGCGCUCAAAUUAUGGAGGGGGAAGAAUGAUGGAGUCUGGAUACCUGCCAGACCAGUAUCAGUGUCAGCUAUGGCGACCCAGACUGCCCUCCCUCCAGACAGAGAAGCUGAAGGACAAAGAAGAGGAGGGGGGGGAGAGAGGGUUCCUGUCAAGGUGAAGUUCACAAAAAACAGCCUUACCUACAUGGACAGAUUGCUGCUCAAGAAGCACCGGAGAACACCAGUUGAAAUAUACCCAUCAUCUCAGGCCGUCUCUGCAGAUCAAAAAUGUCUGCCUGCUACAACCGCUGAGGAGACUCCCAGCAGUAUUAAUGCUGAGGAGGAGGAUUUUCGCCACUACUGUGCAUCACUGUUUGCUGUCCCUGUCAGCAUGGGUGGACCUGAGCCACAGGUUACUACACCUGAGUCAUGCCUCCGCAUUGAAGUCCUGGAUGAGACAAGCAGAGACAGGAGGGGACUCAGUGCUGCUGAAAAGAAGGCAGACAACAGCACAGAGGUCCAUACUGUUCAGUGGAUUUCACAGAAAGGAAACUCGGUGGUGCCCAAAACAGCCCUACUAAAUGAUGGAUCCUUAAGAGUCGGCCCUUCUUCGCCUGUUGCACCACUACAGUCCAGACUAGUUCAGAAGCUCAAACCAUCUAAGCCUCAGACAUCACAAGCUGGGCCCUCGAUUAAAUCACAUCUAUCUAAAAGCAAGCUGUCAACAUGCCCCACUGCUGAGAAUCCAACAGUUUCAGAGUCGUCAAUCAAGACAUCACCUGCAAAGUCACCUCGCCAAUCUCCCCAAUCAACAGCUGACUGUGGAGCACCACAACAUAUCUCCUUGUUACCACAUUCCCAGCUUAAAACUCCCAAAUCUUCAGCUGAUGUUUCAGUUACGACUAGUAGCAGGUCGCCAAUCUCAGAUGAGCAUCUCUCCCCUCCUCCAUCCAUAUCAUUUCCCCUUAGGUCUACUUUCACAGUUUCAUCAUCCAGCUCUACUGACUCAACCUUAUUGCCCAAAGUGAACCAUCCGGCCCCAUUAGAGAAAUGCUCGGACUCAGCUCUCUUGCCAGAUCAACCCCAAUCUUCCCGGUUAUUUGUAGAGCCUAUUUCCUCCCCAAAGAUUUGUGAAUCACCAAGAAGCAAUCUGAUGUCCCCAAAGGAAUCCCAGUAUUUCUUAUGUGACCCAGAAUCUCUUCUAUCAGAUAAUCAACUCCAGUUGCCUUUGUCCCCUAAGACUACAAGUGCACACUCACCAGCAAAAUACUUGGAACCAGCUCAAUCACAAAUAAGUGCUGUGGCUUCAGAAACCCUGUCAAAGUUAUCUCUAUUUGAUGCGACCCCUCCAGAUGAACACUCUACAUAUAGGUCAACUCCAACAUUUGAGGACGCUCCAGUUAUUAGGUCUGUUGAAACAGAGUCAACUCAGUCACAGGAUACAAAUUAUAGCCCAUCAUCAUCUCUCUUAAAAGUCACCCAAAAUAACGUUCUUCCUGUUAAAGUGGAUGAAGAAGAGAGGUUAUCAGUAGACAGUGGCGAUGAUAUGUCCAGUGAUAGCCUGGGUCUGGAUCCACUUGAAGAAGAUACUUCAGAUGAAGAUUCACAGAUGCAAGGGCAUUUAAUGAGAGGGAGCUCCAGAGAAGAGAAUCCUGCCAUAUCUCAUCUAGAAGAUUCCUUUGUUCCUGCAGAGACAGAAACAACAAAAGACUUGCAGACUGAUAAGUCAGAAGAGCUGCCAGAACUAUCCAUGGACGACACUUGCAAAGGGACGACAGCGAACCCACCACACUAUUGUGAGAUGCUCUCGCCAGCUCCAGGGGUAAUGCACAACCAGAGUGCUGGGUCUGGAUCAGAGCAUUUCUGUGAUCUGCAUGGGUUUUCGCCUCUAGGUUUGGAUAUGAUUGCCGGUCAACCAGAGACACCAGAACAUGCACACUGUGACCCACUUCACACAUGCCAGUCUCCACUGCGUGAUUCAGACCCAACAGUGGACUCAGAAUUCUCGCCAGUAUUUUGUCCAUUGUCCCAAGCAGCCAGAGAGAUCAUGGAGAUCUGUAAUGUGGACCAGAUGGGCUGUGAGGACCCUGACCUGGAGAUAGACACAACUGCACAUGCUCUGAGCAGCCUGGAGCAGGAGCUAAGACUCAUGGUCAAGAGCGCAGACCAAAAACCUUCAUCAGGCACUCCAGGUACUGGUACAGAACACAGUGGAAGUCAGGAUGAAUGCAGGAAUCCCUCUUCCAAACGAGGCGGGGUCACCGCUGAACAAGAAGAGGAGGAAGAAGAUGAGGAGGAGGUGAAGAGAGAUCGACAGAGUGUCCUCUUGCUACCCUGACGGACACAUGUGCGUGACAGUCAUGCAAGCGAAAUCCCACAGUGGAUGCAUUUUUAAAUUGUGUUCAUUACACUUAAAGGUUGGUGUAGACACCCUUAAACGCAUAAGUCUAAACUUUUCUGCAAUAAUAUGAAAAAAUAUAAAUGUAAUGCUUGUUGAGCAAUGAA